UCUCUAUCUAUAUAUAUAGAUUGGUGUUUUGGCAUGCGAGUUGGCCCCAGCGAUGCGUCGCUGCGCCACCGCGUCAUCUUCAACCGACGGUCGCUGUGUGCAAGCAUGCUCAUGACGCUCAACCUCGUUCUCAUGCCGCUGAAAGCCUACAUUACCGAGCCGUUUCCGUGGACGCCAGCGCGGGAACUCGCCGACUGCGGUAGCAACUUUACGGCGUGUGCGCCCACCCUCUUGGCGUUCUACCAAGCAGCAGCGACGCCCGUCUCGGGUGCCUACUACGUUGCCAGUGACGUCGUCGAUAUCUACGCGCUCGAGCUGCCCACCACCUUGUCGCCCGACGCCUUUGAACAAAAGGCGCCAUUUCACAUGCUCUACUCGGACGCGCAGCGCGACUAUUCGCGGUCAAUUUCGGUCGCCAAUUCGACCGUGAAUAGCAACGGCAGUGUGGCGCGCGUUAUGUUUGCCAGUGUCCCAGCGCUCUACAAUGCGGCGUGGGCCGUGCGUGGGCUCAACACAACUGGUGCGUACUUUGCACUGCAGCGGGCGCCGUCAACGACGCUCUGGCUGUGUAUCAAGCUCGCGUACCGGGUCGCGCUCUCCGGCUAUAUACUGCGGUGUAUUUGGCGCGAGUACUUUGUCCAUUACAAGCACUUGGCCAGCAGCCUUGGCGCGUCGGGGCUCGACGUCGCACCGCACGGAAGCCGCUUUGAAAUUCUCGUCGGCGACCCCACGAGCAUCAUCUUGCUCAACCAUUUCGUGUCCCUCGCCUUUGUCAUUGACGUGUACAUGAGCCCCGACUACUUUGUUCGGUCGCUGCAACGCGUCGAGCAGCUCGAGAACAUUCCGGCGUUCGCGCUUGCGUCCUUGUACCUCUCGCGGACCGUGUGGUUUGCCUACGGCGCGCUGAGCUGCUUUUCCUGCGUCGUGCGCAAAAAGCACUGGCAAGACGCCUACGAAGACGUAGACCCAAGUCUUGUCGCGCUUGCCGUCGCUCUCACGGCGGGACCGCUGACGUACCUCCAAGUGCAAAUUCCGCUCGUCUCGGCCGUAUACAACCUCCUUUUCACUGUGUUUGAGUCCAGCGCAGUGGCGAUUGAGCUCGCCUGGUCCUUUCUCCUCUAUACGACCAUUAUGGGGUCCCUCCCAAUCGCGUUUGCGGUUGGUACGCGUUGGCAGCGGGUUUGCGCGCGUCGCCUUCGUCAUGUGACGUCCCGCGUGCACUCGCUGGCCGACGUGUGCGACCACGCGGCAUUUGCCACCAACGACUUGAAACACCGAUGGACGCUUCGCUGGAGCCUCUUUUCUUGGCAGGCGUGGUGUCGUCGUCGUGACACGCCGACUGUCAUCGAGCACGUGGGUGGCAGCGUCUACAAGCUCUUUGAGAGGAGCCGCAAGUACAAGCGGGAGCUCGGCAUCAGCCAGCGGGGCGCCGACUGCUAUGUCUUGUUCGAAACAAGUGAAAACGAACUCACAAGCGUCCGCCUCAGCCUCCUCGCGACCGUUGAUAUGAGUCACCUGCCAGUGAUGACGGUCGCCAAGUACGCCGUUGGUCGCAUCGAAUUUCGGAGUGACGGCACCGCCGUCGUCGUCCAAGGCCGGAACGCGUCGCCGUGGGUAAUGUAGGUCCGAGAUAAAUACAUGAUCUUAGUCAUUAAUAAUCAUGCGCACAACGUGUUAUCAAG